AUGCCCUCGUCCCACCAUCCCCAGAGUGACGGUCAAACUGAAAGGGUUAAUCGCACAUUGGAGCAGAUGCUCUGUACCUACAUUCAAUCUGGCGAACGCGAGUCGGAGAGCUUGCUUCCGGCCUUGGAACUUGCGUCCAACAUGACAAGCCAUUCAUUCACUGAAUUCUCUUCCUUCGAUGCCGUGAUCGGCAAGAAUCCGCUAACUGCUGCGAAUCUUGAUGUCGUAGGCGGGUUAGCCCCUAUGCUCACUCCUCGGAUGACUAAGGUUUUUCCGGCAGCUCUGCGACGGAGCACAGAAUCACAUCUUGAUGGCAAAAUGGCAGCAGAAGUACUACGCGGACACAAGGCUUCCCCAUCACCCCCGCCCUCCCGGAUUGGUGUUCCCCAGGAAGCCGACGCGGCCUGGCCCCCUAUACGCGAUGCGGCAGGCAGUGUAACAGAGGAGCAUGGGGUAGCUUAUAUCGUGGACCAGCGCGGCUCGGGAGCCGACGGCCAGUACCUCGUCAAGUGGCGCGGAACCCCUGAAGAUCAACCCACCUGA